AGAAGUCAAAGUAGGUCGUUACAUCUCUUUCUAAUAGGGUUGUUUCCAAUUGUUUGAAACGUAUUACGUUCUAUAUUAACUAAAAGUUGCCCUAAAAUUCAACUUUUAUACUAAAAACGGCUUUAAAUAUGUUAAAUUAACAAAAUAUAUUUUGACAGAUGCUUUCGCGCCCAAAACGCUCUUUGAAAAUUGUGUGACUUCACAGUUUACGGUUUGACACAUAAUUACAUACACACGUAGAAGAUACGAACUGUCAACUGACAUUUGUCAUUUGUUGUUUAUCGCCUGUCAACAGUGUUAAUCCGAGAGUUGUGACGUCAUCAGAAUCUUCAAUGACAUUUCGAGUUUGGUCACGUGACGUGUACCAAAAGAUAUUUUAAAUUCAAUAUUUACAAAAAUAUGGUCAUUACAGGUCCCCUAAAAGUAGUUUAACAUGUUCUUAUAAUCCAAAAGAAUUUAUUGGGAUACAAUUAUGCCCUAAGAUUUGUAGAUGGAAACAACCCUAUUAGGGUGACCAUGAGUUAUAUAUGUGGACACACUUUUUGGCCAAUGUACCCUAUCCGGAUAAUCUUAUAAGUCCGUGGUCUGACGUGAAGAAACGAAAUGUCAGAAGUGUCAGAACGCAGAAUCGGAACGUAAACGUAAUCUAACCUCAUUUCUCCAAAAGUUUAUAUUUUAAGUAAAAACAAAGGAUUAGGAAAAUAAAGUCAUUUAUGUAACGCGCGUGCGAUGAGACUAUUCCUAAAAAUGAUUAAAUGAACAUUCUGUCUCAAGCUAAGGAAUUUAUUAUACGAGACACAAGUCACAGAGUAGCAAUGGCAGAUUUAUUUGUUGCUGUCGUUUGUUCUUCGAACAUGAACCGUAGCAUGGAAGCCCAUGCAUUCCUGGCUAAGAAAGGGUUCAAAGUGAAAUCAUUUGGAACGGGAGAAAAAGUGAAACUGCCGGGUGCAUCGGCCGAUCGACCUAAUUGUUAUGAGUUUGGAGUUCCGUACGAUGAUAUUUAUAACGACUUAUUGGACAAAGAUAAGACAUAUUACACCCAAAAUGGAUUGCUGCACAUGUUAGAUAGAAAUCGAAGAAUCAAGCCAUGCCCAGAGAGGUUCCAGGUUUGCAAUGAUCGCUUUGAUGUGAUCAUCACAUGUGAGGAAAGGGUAUAUGAUCAAGUAAUUGAAUGGUUCGGGUCAAGGAGGUCCAUUCACAACCAGCCUGUGCAUGUGGUCAACAUCGACAUACAGGACAACCAUGAGGAAGCUACCAUCGGUGCAUUUCUCAUCAGUGACAUGGUUUCUAAGAUGGCACAGAGUGAUGACUUGGACAAUGAUAUUGAUGAAUUAUUACAUGACUUUGAGGGCAAAUGCCAUAGACCCAUUUUGAAUUGUAUUAUGUUUUAUUGAUAUACUUUAAAUCCAUGCCCAAUUGA